AUACGAUGGCUUUGUUCUUUGGCAAGGCAAACAGUAGCGGGAGCAGUUUACGCCAGCUCCGAACGGCGGUCAUGAUGGCGCUACUAUAAAGCCAGUUGCGGAGCAUGGUCUUGUUCUCCGAGGCGGGGCGGAGUGACGGCAACAGACCUGAGGUGCAAGAACGGCUAGUAGUGACGGCGGCGAGUCUGAGCAGCGGCGGUUGGUUUGAAGUGCGAAAAUGACCAGAUCCCAGCGGUUGGAGUGUCAGCUACGAAAUCGAGUAGAAAUUGGAGUCUUCCGUGGUCGGCUGGCUUCAACGGAAACGUUGAAGCGGUCGUGAGGACUCCAAUAGUGGCAACGACAAACUUUGGCUUCGUCAGCAGUAAUGACCGACUUUGGUGGCUGCGGCAGAUAUGGACGGACAGUUCUCUAGGGAUGAGUAGCUAGAGGCGCCGGCAAAAGAAAAUUGAAAUCAUCAUCCGGCGACAAAGAGAGUGGCAACAAACUUUGGCUCCCAUGUCCAUCAAAGCCAAAGAUUACCUCAGUGCCGGCAACGGAGGACUUCCGGUGCUAGGUGUCAACAGCGGUUCCUUAUUGAUCCUCUCCCCACGCUCCUCCAGCCCGUGGUAGAUCUCAGGGCCGGCGGCGGAGUCGGGGAAGCAGUGACGACGCUAGAUAUCUUGCAGUGCGUUAGACAUGAGACGGAGCCCGUGCCUGCGCCGCUUUGGAGAUCGGCUCUUCCGCUUUGACGACAAGGAUAACUUUCUCCGAUGGCGGGGCAACGGUGUGCGGCAUCGAGGAGGCGCGGAGGUCGAAUUUUGGCACUCGAUCCAGAUCUUUCCCACACUCCGUGCAGAUGCAGUGAGAGGCCUCAAUGGUAUGGACACCAAUAAGAACAACUGGAUGUGUUCUUCUGCGGCGAUGGUGGAUUUUUCAGAGUGUGAUUCCAAUUAAGGAGCAAAGGCGAAAAACUUGGAGAGAUUUGUGGGUUUUUUUAUUUUUGUUCCUUCUUUGUGGUGGUGAGAAGAGAACAAUGGAGCAUUGUCCCUCUUUUGCUUUAGGGACGAAUUGGCCAUGAGAUCAUAUCGUUCCCCUCUUCCUCUCUCUCUUUUUUUUUUGAGCCACAAAUUUGCCCAACAAUUUGGGUCCCUCUUGAAGAAAAUAAAAUGGAGGAAUUGAA